UGUAAAUAAACAAAUACGAACAAUGCUCCACAGACAAAACAAUAAAAUCGGCAACAACAACAGGUCUAGUGACUGUGUAAAAUUUCAAUAAGAGAGUAAGUACCCAUAUAGCCCAGGCAACGCGCCGGUGGCUCCGUAUUACUCAGUACGCUCUUCUUUGGUUGCAUGAGAAUUCACGGUUGGCUUGCGUCGGUAUCUCCAUGUGCCGGAGCGCCAUAUUGCACGCGCGCCGUUUGAAGUGUUGUCGGCACGCUGGUUGUCAAGCGUUAUGGAUUUUAGUGAGCUUUAACGCUCGCGUUGCACGUGAAUACGGCGUAAGAGGUGGCACUGACGGCACGGCUUGCCGAGCACUUUGAGUUAGAGUUUUAGUUGGAGUUGGACCGCUUUAUAUUGGCCACAUUUUAAGCCCAAUUUACAAAUGUGCAACAAAUUGAAUUUGAACUUCAGUUGUCAUGGAGCAGUCGAGGCGUUCAGUUGGUUUGCAAUUUGCUUUGAGUGAGAAAUGUGUGAGUUGUGAAAAAUUAUAACCACAAACAACGUUUAGCUGAAUAUACAACUAUAUCAUAUAAUUAGAGUGCAAUUAAAUGAAGAUGCGUCUUUGGUAAGACACAAGGCACCGACGCGUUAAAAAUCGUAUAAACACAUAUCUCACUCGCUGAAAGCUAAUGAAAAUUCGUGAGUGAAGAAAUCGCAGAUACUCGUACAAAUGAAAUGAAAUGAAAAUCAGAUCCAAAAAAGAAUAACCAAUGAAAUACAUAUAUAAAUAUUUAUUUAUUCUAAAUUGAGCAAAAUCGUUAGGCAUGAGUGUAUGUGAAGUGAAAAAUACCAACGCUCCAUGCUGUAAUAACAAUACACCCGCGAAACCUUAUUAUUAUGGUAUAUUUGGCUUCCCUUAAGCCCGUGUGUCACGCUUCGUGUACCAAUUCUUUUUCGGGGUUUUUGACUUCUUCAAACCAAUCACAGCACGAAUUGUGUCACGAAAAUUAAAAAAGCACAAUAUUCUAGUGUUGAUGAGGAAAGACAUGUGAAAGCCAGCUUAUGACUGCACACCAAUUAGUUAGAACAUAACCCAAAAAAGUAAAUGAGUUUUUUAUGGAAACGAAGUGAAAUAAGACAGCACAAUAACUAAAUUAAGGAAGGAAGGAAGCACUAACGGAAUAAUGUUUGCAUGAACCUAACUCAAUGGAUACACUAGAAGGACGUGACUCAUCAUAAAUAUGUUCUUCUGACGAAUAUAUAAAGAAUAACAUCAUACUCACAACAAUAAUAUGAACAACGAAAAAGACUCCCAACGUCGCCAGUACACUUUCAACGUGUACAGUCCACAUUCUAUAGCAUUAAACUACGAAAAUGCAUUACCAAAGAUCAGAAGAAAAUACAGGAAAGUACGAUUAAAAUAUAACAAUUGUACAUACUCAAGUUCAAUUGCGUUACUGCUUUUGAUCACACUGCAAGUGGUGACGUGUAACCGACCCCCAAGAUUUGCCAUCGACGGUGGCCAAUCUGAAAUCGUUUUACGACUGAAGGAGAGUCCGGAGACUGCAGUAGGUUCCCAUAUAUAUACGCUUAAAGGCGUAGAUCCUGAUAAUGAUCCUUUAGUGUUUGGUAAACGUCCAUCGCAUGACAGCGAAGUAAUUCGCAUUGAGAACACAGGCGAUAAUGAAGCUAAUGUCUAUUUGGCCAAAGAAUUAGAUAGAGAGUUACAAGACGAGUACUCCAUAGUAUUGACGCUAACAGAUAACCGCUACAACGACUAUAAUUAUGUCACGCAAAGUUUCUUACUAUUAGUGGAGGAUAUUAACGAUAAUGCACCCAUAUUUUUACCAUAUCAAAGCGCCAUAGAAAUUCCCGAAAAUAGUGACCCCGGUAUUUUAACAACAUUAGAGGCAACCGAUGAAGAUGAAGGUGCUUACGGACAAGUGGUUUACUAUCUGCAAGAAUUGGAUGGCGACAAUGAUAUAUUUUCCAUAUCAACAUAUCAGGGCAAAGGUGUGCUUCGAUUAACGGGCGAGUUAGAUUACGAGACGAAAAGCUUGUACCAAUUACGUGUGUUAGCCGUGGAUCGAGCCAACCAGGGACCUGUCAAUACUGGCACUGCCGCCAUUCUAGUCAAAGUGAUCGAUGUGGGCGAUCAACCACCCGAGUUUGUUCAAGUGCAGGCGAUAGCACGAAUAGCCGAGAAUGCAGAUAUUGGCACGCGAGUAUUGCAAGUCCGCGCCAUAGAUGGUGAUCGUGGCAUCAACAAUCACAUAGUGUAUGAAUUGGACGCAAAUGAGCUGUUUGAUAUCGAUCAACAGACGGGUGUAAUCUAUACUGCUCAAGAGCUAGAUCGCGAGGACACUAGUCAGCAAGUAAAUGGCGCCUAUAUAUUGAAAAUAACUGCGACAGAGGUACCACAGUUUAAAACUAGUGCAUCCGACGAGACGAUGCAAGUAAGAACAGAAGUCACUGUGAUCGUGACAGAUAUAAACGAUGAAAUUCCGACAUUUAGACAAACAAUUUACCGUUGUGAAGUUAACGAGAACUCCCAAAGCAAUACACCAUUGAGUUUCAUAGACGAUGAUGUGCAGAAUAUUGUCGAAGAUCACGAUAUAGGCAAUAAUGGCACAUUUCGUCUGUUUUUGGAUCCACAAAAUGACCUCUUCGAAAUCGUUCCUGCUGUGGCAGUUAACGAGGCCAACUUUAUGGUGAGAGUGAAAAAUGCCAAAGCAAUCGAUUACGAAGAAAUGAAGGAAAUUAAUUUUACACUAUUCGCAAGGGAAAUCGAUGAGCCAACUAGAUGGGGGUCGGCGCAUCUUCAAGUUUACAUUCGUGAUCAGAAUGACAACUUUCCGGAAUUUACAAAAGUAAUAUACAAUACCACUAUCCCGGAAAACAGUGAAUUGGGCACGAUCGUUACACGAAUCGAAGCAACGGAUAUCGAUUCCGGCGAUUUUGGCACUAUGGGCAUACGAUUUCUAAACCUACGUGGUGGCAUUGCACAUUUGUUACAUCUCAAUCCGAUUACUGGUGUUAUUACCAUUAAACAACCUGGAGAUUCUGCUUUCGAUCGCGAAAUUAUUUCUCUCCACUAUCUGACGGUUGAAGCGAUCGACAAUGUAGGAAUUGGAAACCGUAACACCGCACAGAUUAUCAUCAAUAUAGAGGAUGUCAACGAUAAUGCACCGAUUUUCGUACAGCGUCACUAUGAGGCCAAAUUGCUGGAAAACAAAGCCGAUUUUGAAAUACCACUAAUUUUGGAGGCGCGCGAUAUCGAUCUUAAUGGCACCGAGAACAGUCAGAUAACGUAUGAAAUUGUAGAGGGUCUUUAUCGUGCAAAUUUUAGUGUUGAUCCAGAAAAUGGCUUUUUGCGACCUUUGCAUUCUUUCGACUACGAAGAAUUACUUGAAAAUAGGCGCCGAAUACGUCGACGCGCCGACAAUGGCGUGCGUGAGAUCGAUUUGUUGGUUCGUGCACGAGAUUCUGGUAUUCCUAUGCUUUCUACUGUGGUGCCAGUGCUGAUUUACAUCGAAGAUGUUAAUGAUAACCCACCUAUAUUUCAAAAGAAUUUUUAUGCGAAAACAAUACCUGAAGAUCUUCCAGGUGGCAGUUCCAUACUACAGGUGAUGGCAAUCGAUCGAGAUGGUUCUGCACCGAACAAUGUGGUUGUCUACCGAAUACAAAUGGGAGCGAGCGAUAAGUUUAUUAUUAAUUCGGAAUCUGGCGUAAUAUCAGUUGCACAUGGCGCUAACCUGGAUCCGGAUUUGUCGGAGCCAAAGAAACACGUGUACACUCUCACCGUGCUUGCUUUGGAUGGCGGUCUCGGAAAUUCUCAACUAAUGAAUUCUGCCACAGUUAAUAUAACAAUUAAAGAUGUUAAUAAUAAACCACCGGUCUUAGGAGAGUUACCCACUAUACGGGUCAUGGAGAAUACUGCCGUGGGGACACAGAUAUUUCAAGUUCACGCUGCAGAUCUUGAUGAAUCGCCGAUAAUCCGAUAUCGCAUAAAUCGUGAAAAUUGUGAGGCGCGUAAUGAAGAGGGAACUUUUAUCAAACUGAGUGAAUUUGAUUUUGUAAGCGCAUUUGACUUGAAUCCCAUAGAGGGAACACUAAAGCUCUUGAAACUAUUGGAUCGCGAGAAAGUCGAGUAUCUGAAGCUAGCGAUAAGUGCUGAAGAUCUCGCAGCUAUAAAGGGUAAACAAAUAGUGGAAGCCUUUUUAAACAUAAUCAUUGAAGACGAAAAUGACAAUAAUCCGAAGUUUAAGCAGCCCUUCUAUCGUAAAACGAUUACUGAAAAUAGUAUUAACGGUGUUUUGAUUGCCAAUAUACUCGCCUAUGACGUUGACAAAAACAAAACAAUUACAUAUUCGUUAGAAGGAAAUCCCGCUAUAAGAAAUCUCGUACAUAUUGAUCCGCAGACAGGAGAAAUGGUCGUCGCAAAUAAAAUCGACCAUGAACAAUAUCAAUGGUUAAAUUUGACUGUUCGUGCUUCAGAUUCGGGCGUUCCAUCGCGAUCUGCACUAGUCGAUGUGUAUGUGUCUGUUUUGGAUGAAAAUGACAAUAAUCCGUAUUUUAUUGGUGGAUCUAAGAACUAUACAAUAAGUGAAAAUGUAGAAAUAGGCGCUCGAAUUGGCACUGUGCAGGCAAGCGAUGCUGAUUCAGGGGAUUUCGGAAAAAUCACCUUUCUUAUGGAUCGCAUAAGUUCACAGGGAAAAUUCUCAAUUGAUGCGGACACUGGUGUACUGUCCGUCGCCGAUAAAUUAGAUCGCGAAACGAAAGAUUUUUAUAUGUUAGUAAUCGAAGCAUGGGACAACUACCAAUUUGGAUUCUUAGCGGGAGAAAGUCGCAAUGCCUUCAAGCAAAUAUUCAUAUCCAUACUAGACGAAAACGAUAAUGCGCCCGAAGUUUUUCUACCCACAAGUUGUGUGCUUAUUACUGAAUAUCAUGAAUUAAAUGAAAAAAUAGCGACUAUCCGGGGCAAAGAUGCAGAUGAUCCGAAUUCACCAAACGGACGCUUGGAAUUUCAAAUAACGAAAGGCAAUAAAUACGAUCUGUUUGAAUUGCAUCAGACCGACGAUUGGACUGCAAAUAUUUACGCACGCACACCUUUACGAAACAAAUUUGGCAAUCACACAAUCACGAUUACCACUCGAGAUCUAGGUGUACCCUCGAAUAUUCUUACCAAAACUUUGGACAUCUGUAUAUCAGAUUUCAACGAUCAUUCGCCUGUUUUCGUUACCCCUUUGCACAACACGACACUGCGAAUACCUGAGAACAUUACUGUGGGUUCCCAACUGCUGCAAGUGGUGGCCACCGAUGAGGACAUUGGUAUGAAUGCAUUAGUACGAUAUCGAUUGAAACCCGAUCCAUUAGGCAGCUACAAAGUAUUUGACAUUGAUAGUGAAACUGGGCAACUAUUUUUGAAGGAAAGUUUAAACCGUGAGAAACAGAAGAUUCAUGAGAUAAGAAUCGAAGCAUACGAUCAGGGCCUUCCCACAUCUCUAAGUACCGACUUAGAUUUGACAAUAUAUAUAAGAAACGUAAAUGAAUACGAACCACAAUUUGUGGUGGAUGAAAUAAACGUCAACUUUACAGAGCAUGCUGAUCCUGGAUCGGAACGAGUUAAACUACCCGACACAAUAGAUAAAGAUGAAGUAGAUGAUCUUGAUGAUCCUCCUAGUUUAAUUUGUUAUUUCAUUGUAAAAGGCAAUGAACUAGGUUACUUUAAACUUCAUCCCGAAACACACAUACUCAGCGUCGAAAAGGAGCUUGAUCGUGAAGUAAUUGCCAACUAUUCGCUCUAUGUGAGAGCCACGGAGAAUUGUGCAAAUGGUAUUUUUCAAACGAAUCGUCGUUCAGAUAGCUUCGUAGGUAACAAUGCUCCCACGCAAAUGAAGGCGAAUUUCGGCCGGAAACAGGCAGGCUUUUUGCGAAAUGGAGAAUAUUUUAAUCGAUACAAGCACUCGCGAAAUUUGCGCUCAAUAACUGACGACGAAACUCAAAACGACGACUCUUAUGAGUUCUCCAAUGAGAAUAAUAACCUCACUAGUGAAGAGGUUCUAUUAUUUGAUAGUACAGUGGUGCGCGUACGUGUGCGCGUAUUAGACAUUAAUGAUAAUCCACCACAUUUUCCCACAAAGGUUUUCACUGGUGGCAUUACCACAAGUGCCGAUUUCGGAACACAGUUUAUGCGUGUGGAAGCUAUAGACCCAGAUGAAGGAGUGAAUGCGAAAAUCUCUUACUAUAUAAUUGGUGAUAUCAGACAAACUUUGUCGGAGGGCUUAGAAAAUGUUAAAAAGUCACCAUUUCUUGUUGAUCACGAAACGGGUAAUGUGCAAUUAAAUUUCGACCCACAGAAAGGAAUGAAGGGUUAUUUCGAUUUUAUGGUGCUAGCAAACGAUACUUUGGGCAUGAAGGACGUAGCUCAUGUAUUUAUCUAUCUACUGAGAGAGGAUCAAAAAGUGAAAUUUGUUUUUCGGCUGCAACCGGAUGAAUUGCGACAGAAAAUUAACGCCUUCAGAGAUAUACUUAGCAACGUCACUGGCGCAAUAGUAAACAUAGACGAAAUUAAGGUGCAUGAAAAUAAGGAUGGCUCGGUUGAUAAGACCAAAACUGAUCUAUACAUGCAUUUGGUUGUAAGGGAGGAUAAUUCUAUAUACGAAGUGCCUGAAGUGUUAAAGCUAAUCGAUCUACAUAUUGAACAUCUGGACAAUCUUUUCAAAGAGCUCAAUGUCUUGGAUACGCAGGCAGCGGAAGCUGAGUUGCUUAUCGCCGGACCACCGAAGCCAAUGUUUGUUUGGUUGAUUUUUACGAAUUUAUUUUUAGCCACUUUAUUAGUAGUAACAUUGGCACUGUGCGCCUCCCAGCGAAAGGGUUAUAAGAGGCAAUUGCGCGCCGCUAAAGUAAAUAUAUUCCGAAACUCGUCAUUAUCACUGCACAACAACACAGAGCCAGCAACACGAGUGCCCAACACGAAUAAACAUAGCGUGCAAGGCUCAAACCCGAUCUGGCUGAAGAGUUACGAAAAUGAAUGGUUCAGAAAUGACGAGAAUCUGAGUCAAGGCGGUCAAGAUUCGUUGGACGACAAUUUUCUUGCCAUUGGCGCACAGGAUAUACACGAAACACUGAAAGGCACCGCAAAGCUCUUCAAUCAUACAAAUGACCUCAACCGGCACUUCAAUGUUUACAAUCAAAUUGAUAAAUUAACAAAUAAUGCUCAAAUUUUAGCACGUAAGUUGGAGACUACCGAAUUAUGAGAGACAACCAAUGUUAAGAAAUUAGUUUUAAUAUUAAUUUAUUUUUGUAAAUAAAAUGGAGUCUUGAUAUGGAAAUGUUUCUGUUUCAAUGCUUUUUUACAAUACAGCUUUUGGUUAAUUGAUAUCGGAGAUAUAAUAUUUCGAUCUCUUUCGUUGACCAUCUCUAGUUUGUUUUACUAUAGACCAUAUACGACUUAAUAUCUGAAAUAUCUUAAAAUAUACUAGAUGAGAAUAUUUGCUGUCAAAAUACAAGAACAUCGCAAAUUACUCCACCUAGCCCUUUAUAUGGCUACUUAGGAGAUUGUCAAUUCCAUAUAUUAGUAGAGGUAAGAUACGAUAGAUAACUUCAUCGAAAUAGACAGAUGAAUUUAAAAGCUAGCCGUGCAAUUGCUAUAAGCAGGUACCUGUUGUUUCUGACGAUAUGUCUUAGAACCCAUAUUAUGUGCAUUUGCCUUGGUAAAAAGUUUUCGUACAUCUGCCGCUUAGGGCGGGUCCAACUUUGGAACCAAAAUCGUUACCAAGUCCCAAAUGUUUAAUACUUUUCUUUAUAUUGGUUUUCAAAAUAUUUAAAUAAGCAAUACAUUCUCAUUUCAUUUUUGACUCUAUAAAACCAGAACUUAACAAAUUCUUCAGAUGCCGUACAUUCCCAUACCAUAUUAGUGCCUCCAUGUUUCACAGUCUGUAAAAGGUUUGCUUUUUCGAGAACUGUUCCGCUCCCUCGUCGCAAAAGCUUUUUCCUUUUUUUUUGCUGAAUAUUUUUUUUUCUUGUACCACUACUAAUUUUCUUCUUCUUGAACGUUAUCGCCAACGCUUUUACACGAAAACGGAAGUCUUUAUAAAAUAACGUAUUUAUACGUAGAUAUAUUAUUUUGACCAUGCAUGGGGAUUGUUUUGAUAAGUGUACUCGUAUAUAAUUCUAGAGUACGAGGUGUGUUCAAAAAGUAUCGCGAAUUUUGUGUUUUUUCAAAAAUUAUUUAUUUAUUCAUGAAUAUCUAUUUUGUUCCCUUCAAAGUAAUCCCCAUGAGAUAUUAUACACUUGUGCCAACGGUUUUUCCAAUCUUCGAAGCACUUCAAAAAAUCAUUUUUUUUUUUAUCUUCUUCAGCUCCUGUUUUGUUUUUGGCCAAAAAGUCGCGCACAAGCAACGAUGUGUGAGUAGGUGCGUUAUCGUGGUGCAAAAGCCAAUUUUUGUUCUUCCACAAAUCCGGGCAUUUCUGGCGGAUUCCCUGUGGCAAGAACUCAUGAUGCACCACGCCCCUGCAAUCGAAGAAAACUGUCAGUUACGAUUCGCGAUACUUUUUGAACACACCUCCUAUACUGUGGCUUCUCUAUACUGCCACGAAAUCCUUAGAGGACUUACCCGCAAGAUAUUUGCACACCAUCACAGCUUUUGUGGUCAUGAACAAAGGUUUGGUCAUGAACAAGGGUUUCUUGUAAACUUAAGCGCAUUAGUGUAAGUGGGGAGGGUUUAAUGCUAAUAGCGUUUUUUUCACAAAAUUGUUGCAUUUAAACUACUCUGUGCACGGGCUGUCAAAGUUGCGUGUUCUUUUCUCAAAGUAUUGGCUUCUAAACAGACAAAAGAGCAACAUUUUCUACCCUCUCAAAACAUAAAGGUGUCAAUUGCCCCGUGAGUUUUCAUUUUUCUAAAAAGUUUAAAAGUAUUUUAAGUUAAGUUAAAGAAAAAGUAUUAAAUAAUAAGCGUUUUUUAUUAGAUUCGUAAAUUACAGUUUAAAAAAUUUAUUAUAUUAUAUACAUAAACUAAUUAUGAACGGCUGGUCAGUUGUCUCCGAGCAACUGGAGAGCCAGGAUAAACAUUUUCGCGUGACGUGUUUCUGUGAGUGGUACGAGCGAACAUAAGCAGCGUUCAUUAGAGCUGAGGGACGCGACUAAAUUCUGUGUGAAACUCAGUAAAUCCCGACGUUUGAUUUGACCAAGCAGGCUUACCCAGAUGUUGCUUUAGCAAUAAGUUGUGUGUUAGAGGCAAUCUUCCGAAUGGCACACGCCGACGUCUCCUCGCCCAAAAAAGGGAAGAAUGGGCAAAUCCAAAGUGAAAACGAUGUUCAUUGUCUUUUUUGACAUCAAAGGCAUCGUUCACCAUGAAUUUGUUCCUCCAACCCUCAACGUCAAGUCUUACGUUCCUUAAGAGACUCAAACGAAGGGUCAAUCAGGUUCGACAAGACAUCGCAGCCGAUUGAAAGUUACACCACGGCAACGCCCCGGCUCACGCCGCCUUUCUUGUGAACAGCUACUAAACCAAGGCCGGUAUCCCAACGCCCAAACGUGAUCCCGGAUCCCUUUUUUUGUUUCCUUGCCUGAAAAGGCCGAUGAAAGGCAAGCAUUUUGAGACGACAGAGGAGAUCCAUGCAGCAGCCUGCACCUCGACUUUCAAGGCUAUUCCGGAGAAUGCCUUUCGUGGAAAUCACACU